UUAACAUGUGUUACCCAAAAUGAUAUCAUUUCAUUGCGCAUUGUCUGCACGAUGGCCCGUGAUAAGAAACAUGAACUGGAGCAGGCCGAUUACUAUGGCAAUACUGCAUUGUUAAAGGCCUGCUACUUGGGUAGUUUGGAGGCGGUCAUAACCCUUCUGCAAUUUGGAGCCGACAUCAAAGUUGUUAAUCAUUAUGGUCAAAAUGCCUUAACAUUGGCCACUUGUAGCGGCAAUCUAAAAAUAAUUUGUGAACUUUUACGCUAUUGCACCUAUAAGGAAUUUAAUAAAACCACUUUGACACCAGCUUUGUGUGUGGCCACGUUGCGCCAAAAUUGGCAAUUAGUUAAAUUUUACAAGGAACUGGAUCAUCCUCAUAGUGAGGAUAUACAAACAGCACAUGGUUUAAAUUACGAGGACAUUAUGGGCUUUUUAAAAUUACGCAAUAUGAGCACAUGUCAACAUAACCACCAAAAACAUAUGCAUAUUUAAGUGUUUUUUAUACUUUAUUAUUAUUACCAUAAUUGUUUGUUAUUAAAAUUAUUACUUAUUUUGUGAGGCUUGUUCUUUUCUUUAUGUUCAUUUUAUAUUUUAUUUAUUGUGUAGCUA